AUGAGCUGCAUUCUCAGUGACCGGGAGAAUCGAAUCCUACCAAGCAGGCACGGAAAAGUUUCAGAGUCCUACCCGAGAACAGCUCUCCAUGUUGGAAGAUGAAGAAGAUCCAAAGAACCCCCAAGGAUCGGUGGCGGCGCCGGAAACUAGGGCAGAAGAAGUUCGAGGACAAGGCGGAGCAGCACCACGCCGGCGAACCAGCGCCAACCGCCGGUGACGGCACCAGCGCCGUUUCCGGCGAAGCUCCCUGCGGGACCCUCCGCCGGCGACAGCCCCGGAAAGCCCCCGCCGGCCGGCACCGCCCCCGCCGCCGCCGGCGCCGGCGACGGCGAUAGGGACGGCCGACGAGCCAGCGUCGCCGGGGGGAGACUCAAAGCGGGGAGCUCCCGCGGCCCUGCGCAGAGAUGAUGUCUCAGUCAAAAUCCUAAAAAGGAGAAAAAGAAGAAGAGGAAGGAUCUACCAGGGCAUUUGGGCUGGAGGGACGUCGACAACCUGAAGAAGGAAGAAUAAUCAGAGUAGAUGAAGAGAGAGAGAGAGAGAGAGAGAGAGAGAGAGAGAGAGAGAGAGAGAGGGAGAGACUCACACAGUGGCGAUGGAGCCGUUGA